CAACGUGACGAUGGUGACGACAGGUGAGCGUCGUGAGCGUGUACUGCUGGUACCUGUGGCUGGUACUCCUUGUGCGCGUGAAAGCCGUAAAAGAGAGGUAUUUUCAAUGACGUGCUGAUUUCGGUAAAGUGUUGCUUUGCCAGUAUCGCAUAUUCCACAGUGUGAACGGGAUAUGUUUGUAUGACACGAAAGACAGUAAGCGUUCCAUAUCUGCAGUUCAUUUCGUGAAUUUCCUCAAAACGCCCUUGCAGUUUUAAGCCAGAACUUCCUUCUUGAUCGGGCGAGCCAUGAACGAGCAAAAGUCUCCGCCGCCGCCCGGAUUCGCUGACCCGCCACCUCCGUACCAGGCCACCUACGACGGAGUGAACUUCCAACACGGCGCGCCUUGGGGAGUACCCGGUAAUGCGGCGCCCGCCGGUGUCGACAGCAUGGGCGCUCCCCCGGGCUAUCCGACUGCAACGGGACAGUGGCCCCCUCCGACCGCACCGGGACAGUGGCCCCCUCCGACCACCGCGGCCAGGGUGACCGUGGUGAACGUGACCCAGGCGGGACCCUACCCCAUACAGCUGACCUGCCCCAAGUGCGGGGCCCACGUGCUGACGAGCACCACAUACCGACCGGGACUUCUCACCUGGCUGCUGUCGGGAGCGCUAGUGUUGCUCGGGUGCUGGAUGGGUUGCUGCCUCAUUCCGUGCUGCGUGCCCGAGUGCCACGACGUCGACCACCACUGCCCGAGCUGCAAGAGCCACCUCUGCACCUACCAACGGCUCUGACUGCCCGGCGUGGCGCGGCAGGACGGAUGGGACCAAUUUAGGAGGCCGUGAUCAGAGACGUUGGUGGAAACACCGCCUUUAGCGCAAGCACGUUUCAUGACUAUAAACGUAGGCUCCAGAAUGAAGGCCGGUCCACACAUACUUUGCAGUUCCAAAGCGGUGCCGAUGCAGCGCCGACUUGAACGUAACCUAAUGUGGCGUAAGGUCGGUGCUUUGUCUGUGAGGUUGCCGGCAUUUCCUGCGCCGACUAAAGGUGCCGCAAUGUAUGUGUGAAUGGGCCUUAAAGAUGAUGGCGGGCUAGUUAGCCAGGGCCACUGAGACAUACAAAGAAGGAAAACUCGCAAGAGUUUACCGUUUUGUUGGUCUCGUCCCGCGGAUGCGGUCGAUAGCCAAGACGAAACUUUCCGGUCUUCAGUGUGAUCGAAUAGACCCCCAAGUUUUCUACCGACAUCAAAGUGUUCCGUCCGGCACAAAAACCUAUUUUCCAAGGGCGAAGAGACUCGUCUGUCCAGUUUUUCUAGCGGGAGCAAAGGGUGAAGUCUUCGUUGACGGCCUUCUAUACUAUGCUGUAAAUUAGAGAAAUAAAGAUAUCCGUGUGAAGUUA